AUGCUCUCAGAACCACCAGUGCUACGGUUCUUCGACCCUGAUGUAAUGCCAGUCCUGCAGUGUGAUGCAUCCAUGAAUGGUCUUGGGGCCUGCCUGUUACAGAACAACCAACCAGUGGCAUAUGCGUCAAGGUCGUUAACACCAACCGAAGUACAGUACGCUCAGAUAGAGAAGGAGAUGCUGGCCAUCGUGUAUGGGAUGGAGAGAUUUGAAAGUUAUCUGUAUGGUCGACACGUAAAAGUAGAAUCAGAUCAUAAACCACUUGAGUCAAUCCUAAAAAAAAGCCUACUAAGUGCACCAAAGCGCCUACAACGUAUGAUGCUACGACUCCAGAAGUUUGAGCUCGAAGUCGUGUACAAGAAGGGACCACUUAUGUUUAUGGCAGAUACGCUAAGUCGAGCAACUUCCCACCAGCCAAAUGUCGAAGGACCAGGAGAGACCGAGGAAGUGAUGAUCAUGCAGGACACAAGAUCAAUAACGGAAAGAGAAGUAGAGCAAAUUGACAUGCUGCAGAAUCUAGCAGUAAGAGAAACUACUCUAGCCCAAAUUAAAGAGCACACAGCGGCAGACAGCAACCUGCAGGCACUGGUGAGAAUUGUGAAAGAAGGGUGGCCAAACACAGAGAAUGAGGUGUCUCCAGCAUUACGAGUGUAUUACCCGUUUCGCGACGAGUUGACCGUACAAAAUGGAGUUAUCUUUAAAGGCGAGAGAUUGAUUGUGCCAGAAGGAUUGAGAGCUGAAAUGCAAGAGAAACUUCACUACAACCAUGGUGGGGUACAGGCUACACUCAGAAGAGCCAGGGAAGUAUUCUAUUGGCCAGGAAUGAACAAAAACAUUGAGGAUCUCAUCGCAAAGUGCAAUAUUUGUGCGCAGUACCGAACAAUAAACCAGAAAGAACCUCUUAUGAGUUCUCCAGUCCCAACGCGUCCAUGGGAGUCGAUUGCAACAGACUUGUUUGAGUUUGGAAACAAAGAUUAUCUUGUUACAGUAGAUUACUACUCUAACUUUAUAGAGGUGGAUAGACUGUACUCGAAGACCAGCACUGAAGUAAUCCACAAAUUAAAGGCACACAUGGCACGGUACGGGAUACCGGAGAGGGUAGUCAGUGACAACGGUCCUCAAUACAGUUCCCGCGAGUUUCAGGAUUUUGCCACACGAUAUGAAUUCGAGCAUGUGACCUCGUCGCCUCGAUAUCCUCAAUCGAAUGGGAAAGCGGAAAGUGCUGUGAAGAUAGCAAAGCGAAUUAUGAAGAAAGCGUUGGAUGCGAAAGCAGAUCCGUACCUGGCAAUACUAGAACACCGGAACACGCCAUCGGAAGGUAUGACUACCUCGCCCGCCCAACGAUUGUUUGGCAGGAGAACAAGAUCCCAAAUUCCAAUCUCGCGCCAACUGCUUGAGCCCACCUGUACGCAUUCAACAAAGCAAGAGCUGAAAAAGGCAAGAGCUAAACAAGCCUACUAUUACAAUAGAGGAUCCAAGAAGCUUACACCACUCAAGGUCGGUGAUGCGGUUCGUAUGAUGCCCGAGAAAGGAAAGGAUAGGUGGAGGAAAGGGACGGUGAAAGCGAUUGUUAGUCCAAGGUCGUAUAUUGUGGCAACUGAUGAUGGAGGAAACUAUAGAAGAAAUCGCAGGCAUAUCCGGAAAACUGCAGAGCUAGGCGAUUCAGAAGCAGAUGUAGACGGAGAGUUGCCAGUGCAAGAGCAGAAUACACCAGGCCAGCAGCAGGAGCCUGAAUCUGAAGAACCAAUUCCUCAGCCACCUGUAGAGCACACCACUCCCAGGAGCACAGUGAGAACAUCAAAUAGACAAACACGUAGCCGGCAUAUCUUGAAGACUACGUGA